ACUAGCGUCCAGUUGCCUACAGCUCGACCAAUUGACAUCGGGGACGCCAGAAUCAUCGUCCAAACAACACCACAAUUACCUCUGCCUCACGCUUUCAUUAUUCUCUGUCCUACUAAAAAUUUCUAAAUCUCCCCCAAAAAAAGGAGAGAGAGAGAGAGAGAGAGAGAGAGAGAGGAUCUUUCAGUCUCAUGACUCCAUAACCACUAUUCACUUGCUCAAGCUAGUUUUGCCGGUGGUGAAUUCUCAUAUACUCUCAACACAGGUGAUCUGAGUGAAUUGUUUAGUGAUAAUCUGGAAGGCACCCUGAUUGUGUUGUAUAAUGCCAUGGGUCCAGAGUUAGAGCUCAAGGCAAGAUCAGAUGGUGUUACAUCCUCAUGGGGGAAGGAGAAUCGAGUGCUUUCUAUAGAUUCUAAAGAUGAGUACGUGAAGUCUGAAAGCAACUGUGAUGACUGUGCCUUGGAAAUGAGUAACUGUAAUAAGGAUGUGGAAGUUAACAUCACAGGACUUGCAACUUCUGAUGGCAAUGGGCUGGUUGAAGCUGAAGGCCAAGAUGCAACAGACAGUUUCAGUUUGAGUUCUUUUGAUGACACAGAUUCUGACUCUGAAGGUGCUGUAGACACUAGUGAUGCUGAAGUAGGAUCAGGCUUACAUGGUUACAGUUCCUCCUCCCUGGCAGUUGAUCGACUAAAUGACAUAUUCCGGACGAGGUAUUAGUCAUUUGUUAGAGCU